AUGAAAACAGGCAACACUGACGAUAUGAAUGAAGGUGAGGACAACGUAAAUGGACAGGAGGAAGUAUACACAGAUGUCAACGUGCAGGAAAGCAGUGAUGCCAGUGAACUGAGAAGCAGGGAUUGCACUGGGCAGGAAGAUAGCGGUGAACUUGGGAAUGAAGCUGCCCAUAGUGCCUUUGCUGAAGCUGAGGAAGAAAAUAAGGAAGUUUCAGAAGAAGAUGGCAAUGAUAGAAACAAGGCUGAAGAACAAGGUGAUGUGAAAGUGGAGGAAAACAAGGAGGAGAGAAAAGAAGACAAACAAGGUAAUGUGGCUGCCAGUGAAAAUGAAGACAGUGAUGGUGACAAGCAAGAAAGCAGCAGUGGUGGAAUUGAAGACGAAGACACCGAAGAUGCUGGGAAUGAGGGAGCCAUCCUUUUAGUUGACGGCAUAGAGUGGCCUGUGGAGGACCUGGAGAGAGGCUGCUCAGUGACAGCUGAGCUGAUGGAGAGCUUCACGCGUGUCUUUGUGGACAGCGUGAGCAAUAGCUUCUACCCAGUGCCUCAAGAAGCCAUCGGUGUGGGCAGUGCCUUUGAGGGCUGGAGUCCCCGCGAGUGGGAUGGGGUGUACCGCGUGCUGGUCCCACUGAAUCCCCCGCCAGGGCACGCCUUCCACCUAGAGCUGAACAGCGCAGGGCAGAUGGCAGCAAGGACCUUCAAUGUCCGCGUGGAGCUGGUGUGCACGUGCAAGAGGGAGCAGCUGGGCGAGAAGCUGUUGUGCUUCCUGCACGACUCGCAGGAGGAGCUGUGGCGGAAGCACAAGCGCAGCCUCCUAGAGACACUCUGCACCGGCUCCUACCUGGAUGUGGAGAAGACCUCCCACUGGUUCCACCAGCUGGUGAGAUGUUAGUGGCUCCAUGUGCCUCAUUUAUACUCAUGGCACUUGGUGUUUCAGCCCUGCAGCCGGUCCUGCCAAUUCCAGCUGAGCAAAGGCAAGAAGAGCCUGAUGGUGGAGAUGCUCUUUGGGGUGCGCCAAGGGGACUCCGACAUCUUUGUGGUCAGCCAGCCCACAGAGGCCCAGAAAGGUGCCUCCAUCAACUUUGUGAGCAGUCAGCCUGCCAAGGCCAACAUCAUUGCAAGCACAGCGUGGCCUGAGACGUACGCUGUGGCAGAGGCGAAAUUCUUCCAGCACAUCGCCAGGAAGCUGCCAUGUCACAGCUUGCAUCUGAAAUGCCUGCAGGUCUUCACCUGCAUCCUGAGGGGCACAGGGUUUUCCAGCUCUACCUGGAAGACUGUGGUCAUGCACGUGCUGACCACAGUACCCGUGUCCCAGUGGCGCAGGCGGGAAUUUGAACGGCGGCUGUGGGAUGUCAUGGCGUACCUGCACCGCUGCCUGCAGUUGAAACGCCUGGAGCACUUUGUGCAAGGCAGUGAGAGGCUUCCUGCAGAGAUCAGCUUGCCGCCGGCAACGCGAGGGGUUGAGCCGCUCAACCUCUUCGAGCACCUGGCUCUUGAUCCGGCCACCCACAGGGAGGCGAUGCAAGCUUAUGGCCAGCUGCGAUAUCGCCUCUGGAUGAUGCUCUCCAGCCACUGAGAGGAGUUCCCUGCACAGAGCUGUGCUGGAGGCAUCACACCCGAUGGCAGCCACGUGAACUCUGCACAAUUGUUGCAUUUGUCACUGGCAAUCCCGAAGCUGCUUUCCUGCUCCUGCGGAAGGAAGAUGCUGCAGCACGUGGAUUCACUGUGCAGACGCGUCUCGG